AUGGACCAAAUUGGGAUGGCACCUGGUGGCGAAUUCCGCGUGGCAUUUAAAAAGGCCUCACAACAGCCGCACUGCCAUCUCGUUCUUGGAGAUCGGCCAAUCAACGUGACCCUGUCCAGAACGCUUGAUGCUUUCAGUCUUUGGCAGAAAAUACGGCUCUUCUGUGCCCUCGUGUUCAACUUUGAGUCAAUAACACCGGCCAACCGGCUCGCCUGGUUUCUGGCUUUUGCCCCGUUUGACCCCUACCGCUUCAGGCGAGGGAGCUUUUGCGACGAUAAAAAUCAAGUAAUUUGCCUUACCCUGCUUACCUGUGUUUAUACCCUACCAAUCAGCAAGGAGGAGAUCGAAGCCAUGAAGAAGCACGAUCUCUUGGAAGAGCUGUUAAAAAAUAUGGCCGGCUCCUUCCCGGAACUGUCGCGCGUCAUUCUUGAAGAGAGGGACCUCUAUUUGGCCCGUUCCAUCUGGGAAGUGUGUGGUUUUCCACAGACUCCUGUCGCGCCACCCUCCAAUCCCAAAGAUGGUGAAGGCGACAGCGACCAGUCAGUUGUUCACCGUCACCAAGGCCAACAGCAGCCGUCCCCCACCUCCAGCCCCGCCACCAACGCUUCCCACGCGGUUGAAGAGGAGACUGAGGCAACGACGGAGAAGAAGGAGGAGGCAAGCGGAGAUGUCGAGGACGCCUCCGGCGAAAUCCGC